AUGGUUUUAUUUCUCGUUUUAGUUAUUGGCUUUAACCCAGAUAGAAUCCCAUCAACAAACCCUCCACCAAAUGCCCGAGCGAAUUUACUUAUGGACAAUUUUCCGGAGCUUCAUAUGAUAAUGGUUUAUGGAGGUUUUUCUGACCCAGCUGAUACUAUUUAUGGGGAUAUAUGAACUUUUGAUUUAUUAACCGAAACAUGAGACAGACUCGUUCCUUCAGAUGGAAUUUCUCCUAGUAAUACCUAGCUCCCUUCAUAGGUAAAACCAUAGUUAAAAACCAACAGCAAAACUAAUUUUUUAUAUAAAAUAUUUUUAUUAUGAUGGUAUUUUUAGCUAAUUCUUAUACUGAGAAAAUUUCAAAAUUAAUGAAAAGCAUACUUCUGAAUGGAGUAA